AAACCCACUAAAAGGUCAGCCCAACUUUAGCCAGAGCCCAAAUCUUACAAAGGUUAACUACUUAAAGAAAAAACUAGGGUUUAAGUUGUUCUCUCAGUCUUCUUCUUCUUCAAAACGUAAGCAGCAAAAAAUACACAAACACUAACAAAAUGGCUAGAGGUUUGAAGAAGCAUCUGAAGAGGCUCAAUGCCCCAAAGCAUUGGAUGCUUGAUAAGCUUGGCGGAGCAUUUGCUCCCAAGCCUUCCUCUGGCCCACACAAAUCAAGGGAGUGCUUACCGUUGGCCCUUAUCUUGCGAAACAGGCUGAAGUAUGCUCUCACAUACCGUGAGGUGAUCGCAAUUCUAAUGCAACGACAAAUUUCGGUUGAUGGGAAAGUUCGGACAGACAAGACAUAUCCAGCUGGUUUCAUGGAUGUCGUUUCAAUUCCGAAGACGAAUGAGAACUUCCGUCUCCUUUAUGACACCAAGGGCCGAUUCCGUCUUCACUCAAUCAGGGAUGAGGAAUCCAAGUUUAAGCUUUGCAAGGUCCGCUCUGUGGCUUUUGGUCAGAAGGGGAUUCCGUACCUUAACACUUAUGAUGGAAGAACAAUCCGCUAUCCUGAUCCUCUCAUCAAGGCCAACUAUACCAUAAAGCUGGACUUGGAAUCUAACAAGAUUGUUGAUUUCAUCAAGUUUGAUGUUGGGAAUGUUGUGAUGGUCACCGGAGGUAGAAACAGGGGUCGUGUUGGUGUUCUUAAGAACAGGGAGAAGCAUAAGGGUAGCUUUGAGACUGUCCAUAUUCAGGAUGCGCUUGGUCAUGAAUUUGCUACCCGUUUGGGUAAUGUGUUCACACUUGGCAAGGGUACUAAGCCGUGGGUAUCACUACCUAAGGGUAAAGGUAUUAAGUUGUCCAUCAUCGAGGAGGCACGUAAGAGGUUGGCUGCUCAAUCCGCCACCACUGCUUAGCUGUCUCGGAUUCCGUGCUGUUGGAGUGUGGUUAAAGUUUUAAGUUUUGUAGUUUGGAGUCUAUAUGUUUCGCUUUUGCUUAGUAAUCCCUAUUUUGUUCUGCAAACAGCUUUUUGAAUAUUUAUGUUCUUGGUACUAGUAGGCAGCAUUUUGAUGAGAGAAUGAUUGUCUUUUGUGGAUCAAA